CGGUCGCUUCCCGUGGAUGAUGAUGAACCACAAUGAACACAGAUUUUCAAAUCCGCUACAAGUCCCUCGACCGAAGGUUCGCAGUCACCUGACCAUCAGAGUGCAGUCCAAACUGAUGUCCAGGCCGUGUCCACCCCACGUCUGUGUUCCAAAUCCUCCCGUCGCCCCCAAGCCCAGACCCCCGUGUGAGCCACACGCACAAGGGGAGUCCUCCCCGCCGCCGAGCCUGAGUAACGGAGACCUGGCUCACUCUGAUGAAGAUCCUCGCGAAAUGGCCGCGGAGAACCUGGACGGAGAGGAGAGCGGCGAGGACGGGAUCAACGACGCCGGGGAGGAAACAGAAAAAGAAGCAGGUGUGUUGGAUAACGACGGCGACGGCGUCGGCUCCGAGGACACGGUCAGAGCCGAUGGCGGUUCUAAUGUCGAUUCCGAAAACACGGACAAUGACUUGACCCGGCCUGAAGGCGGUCAUCACGCUGAUGAUGAGACGUCUACAUCUACGCCUUCGCUUCAUCCUGCUGAAACGGGAGAGGAGGCGGAGGAGGAGGAGGAACCGAGUUUUAGUGAAAGAACUGACUCUUCAGGACAUGUAGAACAGCAUCUAGACCAACCGCGGUCCCUCAGUCAGGGGAGUAAGGACAAUGUCCCUGGACGUGAAGAAGCAGACAGGGAACACUGUUUACUCCCAGAUGAGACUGAUCUGGAAGUUGGAGGAUUUGCCUUUGGAUUCAGCGUGCUUCCAACCGUCACGGAGGAGUAUCCCUACGAUGUGAUUGGCCCCACAGAUGACGCUAGUGACACGUGUGAGCCGGCUGAAACAGGGGAAACGGAGGUAUGGCAACCAGAACGGGCCACGAAGGACCUCUCCGGCUGUUUCCGAUUCACGUCCAGCACCGAGGAUGUUUUCGGGCCUUAUUCGGUCAUCGAAGCCGUUCCGCCGGACAUGACGGUCACCGCCGACCCGGAGUGGAGUCAGGACGACGCCGACGACCGACCCCCCGACGAGCCGCAAGCGGGCGCUUCUCACCCGGAACCGUGCUACGUGUCGUCGGACGAUGUGGACAAGCUCGAGGAUAAGCGAGUCCUCUCGGAACUGGGCGGGAUCGAGGAGAGCGCCGAGCCGCCCGACGAGGAGCGGGAGGGCGGAGCGAAGGACGGCGAGUCGACGGACGAGUACGCGGACAUCGACGAUUCGCUGUGCCUACAAGCGGAAGACCGGCGGGCGGAGCGCGUCUCGUCGGAGGACUACGUCGAGAUCGGCGACGACGUCGAAGAGGAAGAAACGGAAAAGAAACCCGUCAGAGGGAAAACGGCGAAAGAGAGAACGGCCAAACGAGAGCAGGCGUUCCUCAGCAGCCGGCGGGCGAGCUGCCAGCCUCGCCUCAGGUUGUGCAACAUCACGGUGCCGACGGAGCUGGAUGCGGGCCGCACCCCGGAGAUGACCAACAGGGUGGUGUUCGCCCACACCACCGAGGCCUUCGAAGAAGACAUCGAGGAACUGGACUGCCACAUCGUGCCUUUCGACGAGGACACGGACUCGGAGGACGAGGAGCACAUAUACGAGGAGGCGGGAUUCGACUCCGAAGGGGAGAACUUUGUGACGGUUGAUCGGAAGAGUAUCGUCACGCGGUCGCGCUCUUAUUCGGGGAAGAUUUCGGGUUUUGUCCCAGAAACCGUACCGGAGGAGACCGGGACGGAGACCGGGACGGAGUACCCGACUCACGACUACUGCACAGUGGCCUUAGAUGAAAACAAGGAACCGCUCGGCCACUCACAGCCACCUGGGGUCAAAAGUUUGAUCCCGUCGAUGAAGUCUCAACGUUUCUUGUUUUAUUCUCGAUCCGCAGAGGGUCCAGAACUGACCUUGACCUCUCCCACAGACAUCAACCACUCUCGGAAGGAUGACAUCAGGAUGAAGAGGAAAGAUGAUACCCUUUCUCUUCCGUGCGUCAUAACCUCUUCUGGAAGCUUCUCCCAGCGUAGCCUUCAAUCAUCCAGUGGCGUUUCCACACCGACCUCUCUCGUGGACAUCCCGCCGCCCUUUCAGCUGGCGUACAUCGCUAAAAGGCCAGUCGCCAAGAGCUCCCCAUCCCUCUUGAUCCACUAUGAACCCAGCGAAACGCCGAAGAAGAAGUCGUCCUUCAAGCGCUUCCUGGCGCUCAAGUUCAAGAGGAAGACGGAUCCGAAAGGUUUCGGCGACGUGAGCGUCCGCUCCUCGCGCUCGUCCUCCGAGUCCAGCCACCACGGCACAGCGAGAGUCAUAGAGCUCGACCGCAGGAGCACCGGCAGCUCUCCGCAGCUUCAGAACCGCGUUGUGAACCCCCAGCAGCGUCCUUUAGAGCCGCCGCCCCCCUCCUUCGUCCUCUACAAAGACCUCCAGAGGAAGAAAGGUGACCCCAAAACCUUCGGCGGGGGCGUCUCCAGAGUGGAGUCCUUCGAGGAGCGUUCUCGGCGCUCCGCCAUGCCGCUGCCUUUGACCAAACCCCGCUCCAUCUCCUUCCCCAGCGCCGACACCUCAGACUAUGAAAACAUCCCGGCCAUGAGCUCCGACUACGAGAACAUUCAAAUCCCAAGCAGACCCACCAGGUCCCACACCGUCACAGAGUUUUUCGAGGACCCCAAUCGCGCUACAGUCGCCUGCAAUGAGAACGAUGGCUAUGUGGAUAUGAACAGUUUCCCUGGAUUUGAAAGCAUAACCCAGACAUCAAAAGAAGACACUGAAAGCGCCUACACGGAGCCUUUCCCGAUGAACCCCGGCGGGCUGUCGGCGGACGAGGACCACGGGCGGACGUCGGAGGAGGAAGAGGGCGUGGCCGAGCCCAGUUACGACAGACAGAUUGAAGGCCGGUCCCGAGCGUUCUACGUCGUCAAAGAACUCGUCGACUCCGAGAGACUGCACGUCGGCGCCCUCCAGUACCUUCAGCAGGACUUCAGGGCCGCGGUGACGGAGGCGUCGGCGCCGGGUGGGGAAGGGGAGCCUGUGCUGGAGGAGCAGAGGUUAGGGGAGAUCCUGGGCGUGCUCCCCCAGGUCUACGCCCUCCACAGCAGCAUCCUCGCCGAGCUGGAGGAACGCAUUAGUCAGUGGGAGGAGAGCCAAAGGGUCGUGGACGUGAUCCUGUCGCGCCGGCAGGACUUCGGGGUGUUCGACACCUUCAUCUCUCAGUACGACCGCAGCAUGUCGUUACUGGAGGAGAGCUGCAGGGGGAACGCGGCCUUCGCCAACACCGUCAAGACGUUCGAGAAGAGGAGCCCGGAGGAGGCUGAAGUCCCUCUGAAACACCAGCUGCUGCAGGUUAUCGUGAGAGUGCUUCAAUAUCGAAUGCUCCUCACAGAUUACCUGAACAACCUCUCUCCUGAUUCAAAAGAAUACGAGGACACGCAAGCUGCCUUGGUGAUCGUGUCCGAGGUGGCGGACCAGGCCAACGACAAUCUGAAGCAGGGGGAGAACCUGCUGCGUCUGGUCCACAUCGAAUACAGCGUGAGGGGCAAGAGGAACCUCCUGAAGGCCGGCAGGAUGUUCGUCAAAGAAGGAACGCUCAUGAAGGUCUCGAGGAAAAGCAGGCAGCCGCGACACCUGUUUCUGAUGAACGACAUAAUGCUGUACACCUACCCUCAGCAGGAUGGUAAAUACAGGCUGAAGAACACACUGUCUCUCUCUGGGAUGAAGGUGAGCAAACCUGUUCUGGACCACGUGCUGAACUGUCUGAAGAUCGAGGUGUCCGACAUCACCAUAACCCUGUCAGCGAGCUCCGUCGGGGAGAGGGAGGACUGGUUCCACACGCUGAGCCGAGCCGUAGCCGACCACGCCGCAGGUCUCUGUACGUUUGGUGGACCCUGCAGUGAGGCCCGUGAGAAGUUGUGGAUGGCCCUGGGCGAGGCGGCCCCCGUGCUGGUGCCAGUCUCCCAUGCGAUGAUGUGCAUGAACUGCACCUCUGACUUCAGCCUCACGCUGAGACGACACCACUGCAACGCCUGCGGCAAGGUGGUGUGCCGGUCUUGUUCCAGGAACAGAUACCCACUGAAGUACCUCAAAGACAGGGUGGCCAAAGUGUGUGACCACUGCCAUGCCGAGCUCAGGAAAAGAGGUGGCAGCGUGUCGGGGGCAUGCGGUAACUCCAGCCCUCGGACUCACCGGGCCAGCCGCCCCCUCUCCGCUGUCUUCCAGAGCCUGCAGCCCCCGAGUUUGUGGAAGAGCAGGAAGAGCGUCUCCCAUCUCAACCAGGUGUCCCUUACCGUGGAGGGCUCCACCAUGAGCGGCAGCCUGCAGCGCCGGAAGAAGAGCAAGAGGAAGUGGAAGCGCCUGUGGUUCCUCCUCAAAGACAAGGUGCUCUACACCUUCACGGCCCGUGAGGACAAAGUGGCUUCAGAGAGUCUGCCUCUGCAGUGCUUCACUGUGAAGCUGACAGAGAGGCCGGAGGGAGAAGAGAGCAACGUGUUCCACCUCUACCACAAGAAGACCCUGCACUACACCUUCAGGGCCGACGACCCACACACCGCACGCAGAUGGGUCAACGCCAUGGAGGAGGCCACUGUUUUAUAGCACCCGCUCAUUAAAACGAACGCACCCUCCGGGGACUCUCGUCUGGGGAGCACAACGCAAGCUACCUGCCGCCAUGUGACCUGCCGUGUGGAGGAGUGUGUGACAAUGUCAUCACCAGAUGGAGGACAAGUGGAAAGAACUCUUGUUGGAGAACAAUAUGAAACCUCCAGCCGAGUUCACGGAGGCCUUUUUAAAGGAGAGAAACAUUUCAUUCCCAAUGUUUUCGUCUUUUUACAUGAAAAAUGUAAUAUAAAUGUCUCAAAUUGAACUCUUUAAACUACGGAAUGCUGGUGUCUUGUACCUGAGGUGCCACUGGGUUAUUUAACACACAAUCACUCUUUGGUUCUGCAGGAGAACGUUACAUCCUUGACAUUUUUUAAUAUGUGAAACAUGUGACGGCCUUUGAUGGACAUAACAUUGCAAACUAACUUUGCUUUGUGGGCAGCCAGUAAAAAAAAGAAAAGAAAAAGAAAAUAUUGGUGGUCACAGUUCCAGAUAAUUGGUAUUCUGACUUUAUAUUGUGAUAUAAACACUGCAGACAUGAAGUGAAUUUUAGGGUUUGUUUCCAAAUGAUGUUCCAUGAUGUUCAUUUUAAUCAUCACAGUGUGUGUACAUUAUAUUUGUUGUGGAGUUUUACUGCAAUGUUACUAUAUUAUAUUGAAUCUGCAAAGACCGAUCGGCAUGACUCAACUGAGGAUGAACACUUUCAAAAAGAGACUUUGCAUUUGAAUCUAUAGAUUAAAAAAAAGAUAAAAAAGAAAGUCAUACAUUUCUAAAGUGCAAUUUGCAAAUUGAUGAUGUGCCUGAAAUGAAAUUGUACACCCCUUUCUUUCAUCUUUAUAUUAUCAAAGUACUGUACUACAGUUAUGUCGCCGGAAGAGACCUUGGUAACACCAUUUUAUCUAUUUGCAUCUACUUUAAACCUCUAGUGUUUCAAACAGUUUGGUGACAGUCCAGAAACAAAAAGGAAAUACUUGUGUGCCAUUUCUGUCUGCUCUUUUCAUACUUUGUGUGUAUAUAUAAAUAUAAAUAUAUGUAUAUAUAUAUAUAUAUAUAAACUGCUGGAUAAAACACAUCACUUGGGACUUAAUGGAGAACCCAUCGUCAUGCGACAUUUAAAGUGCCAGUGUUACGUCAUCAUGUCUGGAGUUUCACUCUUCUCUCCUGUUUAGCAUAAUCCGACAUGCAGACAUGUUUCAGAAAGGUUUCAUCUCCUCCUUCCGGACCUCGGCCUGAACUACAUGUGAUCAAAACUAUUCAUUAUUUCUAAAGCACAUUAUUUCUAAAGCGGUCGAUCACGUGUCUUUUGACUUUUUUUCCUCCCUGUUUUCUUAGUGCCAUAAUGGACUGUAUACCUCUUUGCAUAUCGUGCAAUGUAAAUGUUUGUGUAUAUAGAUACAUAUAGAAAUAAACCCCUUUUAAAAAAACGUUA